AUGCCUACCAUCUCCGUCGACAAGUACAGGCUCUACGAAGCCCUCGGUCAAAAAUUCACGACCGAGGAGUUUGAGGACCUCUGCUUCGAAUUCGGUAUUGAGCUUGACGAGGAUACCGAGAACGAUGAGCGUCCUAUUGUCAAUGGCGAGCAGGAGCCUCCUCAGCUCAAGAUUGAGAUCCCCGCCAACCGAUAUGACAUGCUCUGCUUUGAAGGUAUCGUCAACAACCUCAAUGUCUUCCGUGGUAAAGAGCAGCCUCCCAACUACCGACUUGUCGAGCCUUCAAGCGGCAAGCUAGAGUCUAUCACCGUUAAGCCUGAGGCUGAGCAGGUCCGACCAUAUGUCUCUGGUGCUAUCCUCCGCAAUAUCAAGUUCGAUAAGAGCCGAUACGAGUCCUUCAUCUCGUUACAAGACAAGCUUCACCAGAACCUUGCCCGAAACCGAACACUCGUUUCCAUCGGUACCCACGACUAUGACACUAUCAAGGGUCCUUUCACCUACGAGGCUUUACCUCCCAAGGACAUCAAGUUCACUCCCCUGAACCAGACGAAGGAGAUGGACUCUGCUGAGUUGAUGAGCUUCUACGAGAAUGACAAGCACCUGGGCCGUUUCCUCCACAUCAUCCGCGACUCGCCAGUCUAUCCUGCCAUCUACGACUCUAAUCGCGUUGUCUGCUCUCUUCCUCCCAUCAUCAACGGCGAUCACUCCAAGAUCACACUCGACACUACCAAUGUCUUCAUUGAGAUCACCGCCACAGACAUGACCAAGCUUGAUAUUGUCACCGACAUCAUGGUCACUAUGUUCUCUAUGUACUGCUCCGAGCCUUUCACUGUUGAGCCUGUCCAGAUCAACUCCGAUCACAACAACCAGACUCGUGUCACACCCAACCUAAAGCCUAGAGUUGCCGAGGUUGAGAUCGAUUAUCUGAACAGCUGCACCGGUCUCACCGAAUCUCCCGAGAGCCUGUGCAAGCUCCUCUCCAAGAUGGCCUACACCUCCACUCCCUCAUCAAAAGACCCCAACAUCCUCGAGGUUGCUAUUCCCCCAACCCGAGCUGAUGUCCUUCACCAGUGCGAUGUGAUGGAGGAUCUUGCCGUAUGCUAUGGCUACAACAACCUUCCUCGCACCGCCCCCUCACGAAGCGCUACCGUCGGUGCUCCCUUAUUGAUCAACAAGCUUAGCGAUAUUAUCCGAACUGAGACUGCCGUCGCUGGCUGGAGUGAAGUUAUGCCACUGAUCCUGUGCAGUCAUGACGAGAACUUUGCAUGGCUCAACCGCAAGGACGACGGAAACACUGUGGUGCGUCUUGCCAACCCCAAGACCGCCGAGUACCAGGUCGUGCGGUCAAGCCUUCUCCCCGGUCUUCUCAAAACCAUCCGCGAGAACAAGAGCCACAGUGUGCCCAUGAAGAUCUUCGAGGUUUCCGACGUCGUCUUCAAGGAUGAGUCUCUGGAACGCAAGGCUCGCAACGAACGACACUUUGCUGCUGCAUGGUACGGCCGAACAAGCGGUUUCGAGGUUGUUCACGGUCUCCUCGACCGCGUUCUGCUCAUGCUGCGCACUGCUUUCGUUACCCACGACGAGGGUCUGACCGGCAAGAGUGUUGACUUUGAGGUGAAGGAGAACCCCAGCAAGCCUGACGGCUACUGGAUCGAGGAGCUUGACGAUGCUACGUUCUUCGCGGGUCAUGCUGCUUCCGUGUAUCUCCGUGUUGGCGGAAAGGAGAGGCGUAUCGGCGAGUUCGGUAUCUUGCAUCCUACUGUGUUGGAGAAGUUUGAUUUGAAAUACCCUGUUAGCACUCUCGAGAUCAACCUCGAAGUCUUCCUGUAA